AUGCUACGAGCUAGAGGCCUAUUAGUUUCUGCCCGGCAGUUCCACAAUUCUGUGGUUCGUCCUUCAGUACUCGACUACUUUAGGUUUUAUAGAAAAAAGGAUACUGUUCCAGAAACGCCCACAAAGGACACCAAAGAGGUCAUCAAGGAGAUAGAGACGAAAACAAGAGACCCCGUAACCUCUAAUAAGAUUGUCAUUUUGGGCAAACACAAUUCUGAAUUCAGCGAUGAAAAGAUCGCUCAGAAGGCAAUGGAAGGGUUUGUUUUCACUACCUGGUUACCACGAAAGUCUGAAUUCUCGAAAAGAAACAACGGCUCGCAACCAUAUCAGGAAGUAGUCAGCGAGCUUCUCACAGAAAUUUUCAAGAUUCAUGCACCAUCCACUGCAUCAGAUAUCAAACUUGAUGAUCUCGCGCUCAGAUUCAAAAUACUGAAAGAUGUUCAGAUAAAAUUUGGAACCUCAAUUCCUGACAUUAAAUUGUCUCAACUAGAUUCGUUUGACAAGAUCGAACGAUACUUGGUUGCCAAGUUAGAUCCCAAAAGCCAACUUUUCAACGAGAAAGUACCUGACGCUGUGCACCUUGAUCCGAAGGAAUUUGAGGGAACUAACAUUACUGUUGGCGAAUAUGUCUUCGAGAGCCAAAAACGGAAAGAAGUCAAGAAGCUGUAUCGAAAGGCCAAGAAGGCUGAGCAGAAAGCCAUACAAGAAGCUCUCAGCGAUGGAGAGAAGUAA